CGCUGACCUGCUUUUUCCUGCCGAAAUCGCCGCCCUCUCGCGGGGCAGAAGAGGGCUGCCGUCUGCAUCCACUGCUACCGUCGACAGCUAAAGAAUAUUUGCGACGCAGCUUCGAGUUUUUUGCUGCCGCGCCGACACGGCAACCGCGCCAACACGGCAACAGCAAGCAACAUGGUCUCGUUCUGGCCAUGGAAGCGCGACGACUCUUCCCCGGCGUCGUUUGAGAAGACGCUCUCGACGCUGUCGACCAAGAUCGCCGCCACCCAGGCACAGCUCGACAAGGCCCGCGCAACCCUCCGACGGGUCAAGGUUCUCUCGACGCUCUACCUGGGCUUCGCGUACCUGGUGUACACUAUCGUGCUCCUGCUGGUCCUCGGAUGGCAGAACAUGGGCACUCUGGAGUGGACGGGCGUGACGGGCGGGCCUGUGUUGAUCUACCUCGUCCGCGCCGCCUCGUCCGCUGUCUUCAACUAUCGCAUCGACCGCCUCAGCGCGCGCCUCGAGGCCCACCAGACGGAGCGCGCCAAGACCAUCCAGAAGCUCAAGGACGCAACCAAGUACGACUCGACCCUCGAGCUGCUGGAGAAGUACGGCGGGCCCGAGAACAAGGCCAAGAAGGGCAAGAAGAAGGGCGGCCCCGACGGUGACGACAACAGCAGCAAUGAUGAGAACAGGGGCAAGCAGGGCCAAGGAAGGCUGCCGAACCGCACCAACGUACCGCCACCACCCACGGCCAACAUUCAGCGAUCACCCAUCCCGUCAAACCUGAGCACGCCCCAAACACGACCUCGUUCGGCCCUGGGCACCCCAGCCGGGCAGAACUCGCCGCCACCCGAGGCACUGGACGCCUCGGCCGAGUUCGCGCCCAACGCCUACGAUGGACGGCCCCCGUCGUCUCCGGCGUCGUACACGCAGUACCCGCCCGCGCCCGUGUUGCCGGCGGCCGAGUCGCACUGGUACGACCGGAUCCUGGACACGCUGCUAGGCGAGGACGAGACAGCGGCCAAGAACAAGAUCGUCCUGAUCUGCGGCCGCUGCCGGCUGGUCAACGGGCAGGCGCCGCCGGGAACCAAGUCGCUCGCCGACCUCGGCACGUGGAAGUGCAUGGCCUGUGGUGCCGUCAACGGCGAGAUGGACGAGGGGAAGCGCAUCGUCCAGGAGGUGCUCGGACGUCGCUCCGCCGUCGGUGCCCAGGCAUCCGCGGCGGCUACAGAUGACGACGAUGACGCGGCCGAGGAUGCCGCCGGAAACUCGAGCGACGUGAUCGAGGUCGACAAGUACGACGCCUCCUCGGGGAUCCCUGAAGGCUCCCGGAGACGCAAGGGGAAGAAACAGCAAAACUGAUUGAUAUACGCGGAUACACCACUUCUAUUU